AUGGACAACCCCGCACCCACAGAAACCCUUGAGCAGAUCCAGACGCGGCACCGCCGUGAGCUAAAGGAUCUGCAGGGUCGCAUAACGGGAAAGAAGAAGAACGCCACCAAGAAGACCCGAAAAGGCGUCAACGAUGAGUGUGCAGAGAUGGAGCGCCAGCUAAGAGACAAGCAAGCCGCCGAGAUCGCCGCCCUGAACCCAAGCGAGAGCAAGAACGACGAUGACAACGAAGAUGAUGCCGCCCCCGAGGUGGAGGACAAGUCAGAGGGUAAGCUGGCCGAAGAGGCCCAGAAACUUAGCCUUUCGGAACCAGUAGAACAACAACAGCAGCCUGGGAAGAAACGCAAUCGCCAGAAGGAGAGGAUGGCUCGACGAGCUGCUGAGCAGGAAGCUGAAGCACAGCGCGCAGAGGAGGAGGCGUCCAACAUGACAAAUCAUCGAGCAAAGGAGAGCGAGUAUAUGAAGACGACAUUUGAGAAACACGGGCUGGUAGAGCAGGACAUUGCACCCGAUGGACACUGCUUGUUUUCGGCAGUUGCUGAUCAAUUGGGACAAAACGAUAUUCCUCUUAGCGAUGGGACCACACAAGAGCCGGCUUAUAAGACAGUACGACGGGUAGCUUCGAAUUACAUGUUGGAGCAUAGAGAUGAUUUUGCUCCUUUCCUUGAAGAAGAUCUUGAAGGCUACGCUCGCAAGAUGAAGGAUACCGCUGAAUGGGGAGGGCAGCUCGAGCUCAUGGCAUUGGCACGACAGUACAAGGCAGAGAUCCGAGUGGUGCAAGAUGGACGCAUGGAGCGUAUUGGCGAGGAAGAAGGAGCCGAGUCGGGAAAGACACUAUGGCUUGCAUACUACAGGCACGGCUACGGUUUAGGAGAGCAUUACAACUCUCUUCGGAAAGCAUCAUGA